CGGCCACCGAAUUUGAUCUGGCUGACUCGGAGCAAGAAAUCCGUACUCAACAUGACAGGACGAGGCAAGGGCGGAAAGGGGCUCGGAAAGGGUGGCGCCAAGCGUCAUCGCAAGGUGUUGCGUGAUAACAUCCAGGGUAUCACCAAGCCUGCAAUCCGUCGUCUUGCUCGCCGUGGAGGUGUCAAGCGUAUCUCUGGUCUCAUCUACGAAGAAACCCGUGGUGUCCUCAAGGUGUUCCUCGAGAACGUGAUCCGUGACGCCGUCACCUACACCGAGCACGCCAAGAGGAAGACCGUCACCGCCAUGGACGUCGUGUACGCCCUCAAGCGCCAGGGACGCACCCUGUACGGUUUCGGAGGUUAAACGUUUUCACCGUCAACUAUUACCACCAAAACAAACAACCCCCACCAAACCAAAAACCUUGGACCUAUCUUAGGUCCUACAAAUACUCUAUAAAGAGGAUAUGAUUUGACAGCUCUCCUGCUUGUUCGUUACACGGUCAAAAACAAACCCAAAAAUAAUCCCCAAACAAACUUGGGCGAGUCCCCAGUGUAAAUAUUGUUUUUCUAGCACCACUAUUGUUGUUAUUGUUAUUAUUAUUAUUAUUAUCACUAUUAAACAUGUAAGGUGUGUAUGGUUAUAGUAAUUAUUAGUUAUAAUUUAAGCUUGAUAACCAACAUCAUGCAUAAGCAAGCAAGCAAGCAAACAAACAAUCAGGUGUAACAUGUUGGUAAACAUGAGUCCCCAGUGUUGCGAUUACAAAUAUUGUUUUUUCUUCUUGUUGUUGUUGUUAUUGUUAUUAAUGAGAAUAUUAUCCUUAUCAUUAUUAAGCUUGUAAGCUUUGAUAUGUCAUUAAAGUGUGCAUGGUUAGAGUAAGUAUUAUUGAUAAUUUGAUAACCAACAUCAUGCAUAAGCAAGCAAGCAAACAAACAAACACACACACAAACAAUCAGGUGUAACAUGUUGGUAAACAUGAGUCCCCAGUGUUGCGAUUACAAAUACUGUUUUUUCUUGCUUUUGUUAUCAUUAUCAUUAUUAAGCUUGUAAGAUUUGAUAUGUCAUUAAAGUGUGUAUGGUUAGAGUAAGUAUUAGUGAUAAUGUAAGCUUGAUAACCAACAUCAUGCAUAAGCAAGCAAGCAAGCAAGCAAGCAAGCAAACAAACAAACAAACAAACGCACACACACACACACAAACAAACAACCUGGUGUAACAUGUUGGUAUACUGCUGUGAGGGAAGUGUUGAGGAGUCUUAUUUUAUUAUUUGAGUAGUCAUGCUUUUCCUUGAGUGAGACGGAAAUAUCAUUGAAAUGCAACAUUAUUCUCCUUGUAUUUGUUUGCAUCAGCAUUAUUUCCUUCCUCGAGUCUAUUUGUCUUGAGUGUGCGUAUUCCAUGAUCCAUGUAUACAGCAGGCCGUCUAUGCUGAGAAGAAAGAGUAAAGUAGAUAUAAUGUCAGUGUUUGUGAUAAAUGGCUGACCGUUUCAUUUUGGUGCGACUUGAGUGCAUUGGGGCAGUAAUAUUUGAAAAGCGUGUAGCCACAAGUUUAAGGUAUCUUCCCUAAGGGUGUUUAGACACGUGUGUGCUGCUCAAGUGUAUAUAUGCAUGCAUGCAGGUGUGUUUGAGUUUGCUUCUAAAUUACCCAGCCCCCUGUGUGAAAGGAAUGAGACACGGAGGAGAGGGGUUUGAACACAGGUCAGCAAGAUUGCUAUACGAGAUCGCUGCCGCUGCUACAGAAAGACACACCGAGGAAAGGAGAAAGAUCCACAGAGGAAGGAAGAAAAAGACGCUCACACAGAGGAAGGGAGAAAAAGACACACAGAGCAAAGUAAAACAAUUAAUGCAAGCUACUCCUUCGAUUCACCACAGACACUAGUACAGAACACCUACAGUCUGUCAGAUAGAUAAAUAGAUACUCUACCUACCUACCUAUCUACAUAACCAACAGUAGACAUACAUACAUACAUACAUACAUACAUACAUACAUACAUAGAUGCAUAAUUGUACGGCCAACAUUCGAGUCUGGCUGGCUGGCUGGCUGUGUGUGUGUAUGUAUGUAUGUAACCCAACAUUGAGAAGGUAAACCAAAAAAAAAAAAGAAAAAAAA